CUGCGAGGGUCAGAUUAACUCACGGAACGAGCCUUUACAUUGUCCGAAGCACUUGUUAUGAAUUUGAUGCCGGUUAAAGGGACUAUGUAAUUGACAUGGAAGUUAGUUGGGGAGAGGCGAACAUAGCGGAAGGUUUUCUCGGUUGUGAGGAGUUCGGUCUCCCCGGCACAUACACACGGAUAGGAUCCGUAUGCGACCGAUGCAAUGAACUGGAGAGAAUGAGAAACGUGCGAAAAUCCACUGAAGCUUUAAUGUAGUUGAAUAGUACCAAACGUACGUAUUGCUGAUGUUUUACAGCACUUAUUUCUUGCUUAAUAAGUUUGAAUAGGAGAGAAAGAAAGAAACCAAGCCAGGUAGUGAACUGCUAUUCGGACUGGCAACUAACGUUAUAAGGCAAAUGUUCAGCGACAGCUAGCCAUCAACUGGAAUAGGGACAUAAGCGUGGCUCUACACAAAAGGACCCAGGCUUGAGUAAGCGACUGUGCGAAAAGUGAGCCAUGCCAUCAGUGAUGGAGCGAUCAGGGUCUGGUGUGCUGUCCCGAAGCAGGGCCAAAACAGUCACAAACGGGAACAGCCACCACUCAGAGGAAGAGAGCAGCGAUGAGGAACACACACAUGACAGUAUGAUCCGCGUUGGUGGGGACUACCAGGCACAGAUCCCAGAGUUUAAACCAGACUGUGCAUCCCGCUAUAGUGAGAAUGAACAGAGGAGCAUGCUGGUCUGGUCACCAAACAGCCAAGUGUCCGAUGCCAUGUUGGAUGAAUAUAUUCUGAUGGCCAAAGAGAAGCACGGAUACAACAUGGAACAGGCUCUUGGCAUGCUUCUGUGGCACAAGCAUGAUGUGGAGAAGUCACUGGCUGACCUGGCUAACUUCACUCCCUUUCCUGAUGAGUGGACAGUGGAAGACAAAGUUCUGUUUGAACAGGCUUUCAGCUUUCAUGGCAAGAGCUUCCAUCGCAUCCAACAGAUGCUUCCAGACAAGCUGAUCUCAAGCCUGGUUAAGUACUACUAUUCCUGGAAGAAAACUAGAACCCGAACAAGUGUAAUGGACCGCCAAGCACGCAAGCUCCUCAGCAAGAGAGAAAAGGAUGAGAGUAAUGAUGAGGUAGAGGAAGGAGAACCAGGCAGUGACAGUGAUUUUGAUAUCAACGCCAAGAAAGAGGCUGCAAAGCUGAACUCUGGAAAUGGAGGAGGGAGUGAUAAAGUUUCAAGCAAGUCUGUUCCGACUCGGAAAGAGAACCAGGGUGCGCAGUACCGACACCACCCUCUUCGUGCUCGCCGUAGGCCUCCUAAAGGCAUGUACCUGGAACAGGAGGACAUCGUCACCCUCUCUGCGUCCACUGAUUCAGGAACUGUUUCUAUCAGACAGCUGGACACACAACUAGUGUCACUUAAGAGACAGGUCCAAAGUAUCAAGCAAACCAACAGCGUUCUCAAGCACAACUUGGGUGAUGAAAUUGAAGGCAUGAGACCUUCAGAGCCCUCUCAAAAAAUCAACACUCGCUGGACGACGGAGGAGCAGCUCCUGGCUGUUCAAGCUAUUAGGCGAUACGGUAAAGACUUUGCAGCCAUAGCGGACGUGAUUGGCAACAAGACGUCAGCGCAGGUCAGCUCGUUCUUCGUCAGCUACCGGAGACGCUUCAAUCUUGAGGAGGUGCUACGUGAAUGGCAGGCAGAACAGGAAGUGGUGCAAGGGAGCAGCGGGAGGACUGUGAACACGGAGCUAAAUGGGUCGGCAGGAGCGGAAGAUGAUGAGGUGAAGAUGGACGGCAUCUCUCCGCCUCACUCUGACAGUCUGUUGCCCUCUUCAGAUGCUAGUGUUGGUGGGAACCCCAACUCUGCCCAGCCAUCCCCACCCCUCACUCAACCUCCACCCUUACUGCGGCCGGCACCCCCCUCAGCGCCCCCUAGCCUGCUGCGCCAGCCUCCCCCGCUACAGACGCGACCUCUACAAAACCGGACGCCCCACAAUCACCCUCCCCCUCCCCCUCCGCUCAUCAGACCUGCGGUGGCAUCCUCGCUCCACCAGGGGGCACUGAGGAACUCUCUAAGUUCCUCCUCUGCCUCUGCUGGACAGCUGCCGCCCUCACUGGUGGGGCUGAAGGUGGAAUCCCCCCAGUCACACUGAUGCCAUGGAACAUUUGCCUUUUUAUAAUGGUUUUUAGGAGACCUAAUUUGGUCUCAAAUCAGUGUAAAAGGGCAAUGUAGUAAUGCCUCUCAAGAGAAAUAUGAAAAGAAAAAAAAACCCAGAGGUGAACUGGAAGCAAAGCUGGACAUGCACCAAAACACGUUUAGCAAUUCAGGAAGGAUGAAACACACAGUGUGAUCUGCUUCUUCACUUCAGGACCGAGAAGAAUCCUCCAUAUAAAUGCAUAUAAACCCCCAGUCUUGCCAAAAAACAAACCCCACGAACCCAUCUGUCCUCAGGUCCUACAGCUAUACCUCGUGAACAGUUUCAAGCACAACUGCUUCCACUGUAACUACAGCUAUUGAAACACCAUCUGUCAUAAAAAGCUCAGCGGAAGCUGGAAGUUUAACCAAAAUUGUGGGGUAAAACCUUAUACACUGGAAUUAAAAACUGCCACGACAACAGACUCAGUUGUUCCUUCCACCAUCUCUAUGGCAACAGCUGCACAUCACCUAGUGUGCAUGACUACAGGCACUGCCGAGUGUUGUGAAGUACACCUGGUGUCAGGAAACUCACUCUGCCAUUGAAGAGCCAUGCUGAUAGAAUCGUCCUGGGUGAAGCGUUUUUGUCGUUUGUAUAAUUAGGUCCUUGAGAUAAUGUUAGGUAGUGAAUUUAUGUAGUAAUAGUAAAUAUUGACUAAGCACUAAGUGAUGCAAAAUACUUGAUUUUUUUUUGUUGCAACUCUGAAAUACACUGAUUUCAUCUCGCUCUUAAAGGCACAAACACAGAAGCAUCAAAACACUAAAGAUGAUUCCCGAGGAAGCUCGUACGAGAGUACUCGUCUCUUCCAAAAUGUUGUAUGUAUGUGAGAACUGUUUACAUAUGAACUGGAUUUGCUUGUGACUAUUUUUGUUUUAGAUUUUUUUUUUUUUUCAGAAUAAAGUGAAAAUGACCAGA